AUUUAAUAAAGAACACAAAACUUGGUCAACUCUGUAUUUUUAAUGAAUCGGUUAUGUGAAUGAUUCAUCCCUCACACUUGUCGCCUCCUACUGUUAACUUGCAGAAAGAGUCACUGAAUGAAUCAGUUAACGGAUCUAAACGAUUCUUUUGAAAGUGUUUGAAGCUGCAUAACAUCUCCUUUUGUGUUUAACUUCAGAAAUGAGGUUUGGAACAACAUGAGCGUUUGUGUGAGAGAGACACCGAGUGUGUGUGAGGGGGAGGGGGGAGUGUCGGCUGUCACCGUUCUCUCGGUGCACGCGCGCUGUGUCCGACUCUCGCUGGAAGUUUGAGCGUCUCGAGCGCUCCACGGAAUUAACGGCAGCAGCACGAGCGCGUUAAGCUGCGCGGGGCCGCGAGCGGAUUGUCCACCAUCUCACCGGGAACAUGAACAUGGCACUGAACAGGUCGCCCUCUGCCACGGAAAAUUGGAACGGGGCUCCCGAGCGCAUGCGUGUUUCUACCAUGAGGAGUGAGUCCUCUUCAAUGCAGAGUGAGAAACUCCGCUGUCUUGCCCGAGAUAUCUCUGAACUGGGCCAGCAGGGCAUGGCCAGCAGCGGGCAUGAUGCCAACGACAUUGCCGAGGACACGGUGGAGCCAGGCCCUGGUCCAGGAGGAGGGCUGUGUUUUGCAGACGGCCGCAGAAGAGUGGACUACGUUCUUGUUUAUCACUGCAAGAGACGUCAGUUCCAACACCGCCUCUCUGUUGUCUCUAAUGGUAACGUGCCGUCUCAAAGCCCCACCCCUUCACGCAGGAGUACGAAGGGCGAUAUUUCGGAGGCGGUGCUGGAGGCGGGGCUUGAGAUGGAACCCGCCAAUGGACUAAAAGAUAAAAUCAGGGAGGAAUUUGAAAGAAGACUUCAGGAGGAAGGCUUGGAGAUUGAACAUGACAAAGAGAUGAGGACAGUCCGGUUUACUCGUCUUCAUGUUCCCUGGUCUGUUCUCAGUCGUGAGGCAGAACUUCUUAAGAUCAGAGUGCCCACUAAAAAGACGUAUCGGCUGAAAGAGAAGACGGGGCUCAUGGGCGUAAUAAGCUCAUUUUGGACGAAGAUCAAUCAGCCGUUCCAGCCGGGCGUACCAGAGCCCCAGGACCCACGCACACGUGUCCUAUCCCAACCGUUCAGCAGAGACAAGCUACACCUAUUUGAUAUAAAGUCAAAAAACAGCUUGUUCAGCAAUGCAAUACGAGGUCGAAUUGUUUAUGAAAUUCUGAGGCGCACAGCCUGCACACAGACCUGUCAAACUAUGGGCAUUUCAUCACUGCUAGCCAAAGGGGUUUAUGAUUCCGCCUUCCCUCUACAUGAUGGAGACUUUGACAGCUCAGAAGAUAGAGAGCAUCGCAACGACAGACAGAUGUUGCAUGAGGAAUGGGCCAAUUAUGGCGCUUUCUACAAAUAUCAGCCAAUGGACCUUAUCAGGAAGUACUUUGGAGAGAAGAUUGGCCUGUAUUUUGCCUGGUUGGGAGUGUACACACAGCUGCUGAUUCCUGCCUCAGCUUUAGGAGUCGCAGUAUUCCUGUAUGGCUGCUUCACCGUAGACACCAAUGUGGCCAGUCAAGAGAUGUGUGAUGAGCGUCUUAAUUUCACCAUGUGUCCUCUAUGUGAUCGUGUGUGUGAUUACUGGCAGCUGAGCAGUAUCUGCAGUACUGCACGUGCCAGCUAUCUAUUUGAUAACCACGCCACCGUGGGUUUCGCCAUCUUUAUGUCCCUCUGGGCGGCAGUGUUUCUAGAACACUGGAAGAGGAGGCAGAGAUGUCUACAGCACAGCUGGGAUCUUACCGGCAUGGAAGAUGAUGAGGAAAGGGCUGAGAAUGAGCUACGACCAGCAUAUGAGGACUUUCUUCUUAAGAAACAAGAGAAGGCGGCAAAGAAUAAGAAGAAGGAAGAGCCGGACGCAGGAACAGAUGACAAAGGAAGAGAGAAGCUACUGUCUGCUAAAGGAGGGCAGUCACCGCUUGCCUCAGAGUCUUUGUCAUGGACAGACCGGCUGCCAGGAUACUGCAUCAACAUAUCCUCUAUCCUCCUUAUGGUUGGGGUCACGUUCUCUGCCGUGUCUGGAGUGAUUCUCUACCGCAUCAUUGUGUUUGCUGUUAUGUCGAUGAACCCUGAUCACGAGGCCAAGGCUAAUGUGCGUGUUACAGUGACAACUACUGCUGUCAUCAUCAACUUGCUGGUGGUUCUGGUGCUGGAUGAGAUCUACGGUGCUAUAGCGGCCUGGAUUACAGAGCUUGAGAUUCCAAAGACUGAAUCGACAUUUGAGGAGCAUGUGAUCUUGAAAGCUUUUUUGCUGAAGAGCAUGAAUUCAUUUGCACCUGUCUUCUAUGUGGCCUUCUUUAAGGGCAGGUUUGCCGGUCGUCCUGGUGACUAUGUUUAUGUCUUUAAGGAUUUCCGCAUGGAAGAGUGUUCUCCAGGUGGCUGUCUUAUUGAAGUGUGUAUUCAGCUGGGAAUCAUUAUGCUGGGGAAGCAGCUUAUUCAGAAUAAUGUGUUUGAAAUUGCCAUUCCAAAGCUGAAGAAGAUGUAUCGCACGUAUAAGGAGGAGAAAGAUGGAUCGGCAGAUGAGGAGGACAAAGACUCCAAACGAGAACCGCAGCGCUGGGAUCUGGACUAUGAUCUGGAGCCAUAUGAGGGUUUAAGCCCAGAGUACAUGGAGAUGGUUAUUCAGUAUGGAUUUGUCACACUCUUUGUGGCCUCCUUCCCGCUGGCACCAGUCUUCGCUCUGCUCAAUAACGUCAUUGAAAUCCGACUAGAUGCGGCAAAAUUCGUCACUGAAAUACGCCGACCUGAUGCAGUCAGUGCUAAAGAAAUUGGCAUAUGGUACAACAUCUUGAGUGGAAUCAGCAAGUUUGCUGUCAUUACAAAUGCAUUUGUGAUUUCCUUUACAUCGGAGUUCAUUCCUCGAAUGGUGUAUCAGUAUUUGUACAGUGAGACAGGCACUAUGCAUGGUUUUACCAACCACACACUGGCUUAUUUCAACACAAGCAACUUUAAGCCUGGUACUGCGCCGCAUGACACUGAUUUUGACAGACAACUCCGUAUUUGCAGGUACAAAGACUAUCGAGAUCCACCCUGGUCUCCUGAGUCUUACCAGCUUUCUAAGCAGUACUGGUCUGUGCUCGCUGCACGCCUGGCUUUUGUUAUUUUUUUCCAGAACUUGGCCAUGUUCCUCAGUAUGUUGGUGGCAUGGUUGAUCCCAGACGUGCCUCGUUCUCUGAAGGAGCAGCUGAAGAGAGAGAAAACACUCCUGAUGGAUCUUCUGCUCUCUGAGGAGACAGACAAGCAAUGCACCCAGUCACACCCACUGACAACAAGCCACAUUGAUGUAGUCAUCAAGGGUUUAGAGGAAGAGGAGGAGCUGCCUGUCUGCAGUGGGGUAAUGCUAAGCCAGUCAGAUGAAGAGCUAAAAGAGGAGCUGCCUGUCUGCAGUAGGGUAAUGCUAAGCCAGUCAGAUGAAGAGCUAAAAGAACUAAAAGAACUUCGGGUGACCAAUGAAGAGGAGGAAGGGCUUGAGGAAAAAUCAGCAGAGGAACCCAUUGCAUCCACCAGUGAUCUGCCUGAUGAUAAACCUCAACCUUCGAUCUGUGAAAGUCUUAAUACAACUUCAGAGUCCCUGUCUAAGAUAGUCUGUCAUGAUGAAUUACCUACCACACCAUCAGCUUGUUCAAAGCAGUCCGUUCAAUCAAUCAAAUCCAGCUCACUAUCACGGCACUGGGAGUUUGACUCGAAUGGACCGCCACCUCGAGACCCAAGUUGCAAGGCUAAGAGCCGUUGCCGAACACUUCCACCAAGGCCUGGAGGUCCUGAAGCUGAAGAGCAUGCAACCAGACCCAGCCACUCCACCACAUUCACACACCUUGACCAGAAAGUUCCUCCAUCUCCUAGCGAACUCACUGGGAACAUCCCUAGAGCACUGUCUACAACCAAGCCCUCUGGAAGCCAAACGUCUGUCUCGGAUUCAGUGGAUUCAGACCUCGUGGACAGCCCUUCAAUAGCACUUCCGCGCCCACCGUCUAGACCAGAGCUUGCCAGCGGCCUUUUGACAGUCUUGCCACGUCCUCCUUCGAAACCGGAGCUCGUGGGCAGCCAGCCAACAGGACUACCACGACCUCCCUCCAAACCUGAGCUGAUGGGAAGCUCAAUGAAAGGGCUUCCCCCUCGUGAUCCAGGCUUAAAAGUUAAGGCCCGAUGCCAGACUCUUCCUUCGAAGUAUAGAGGCUCAGAGACUCCAGGGGAGACGUCAACCAAACCUAGCCAUUCCACCACUUUCACACACCUCAGUCAACAGAUUCCACCUUCACCCAGUGAUCUCAAACGUAACACUCCCGUAUGAGUGUGACAAGGCGAAGUGGAGAAACACUCCGCCUCUUCAGCACCUUGCAUCCAAUCACUUUCAGUGCCAGGCAACCCAUGCCAUCAACAACUCAUCUUUGACUCUCAUUAAUGACUGAACAAGCAUCUUUGGUGACUCUGGAUGUAGAUCAAUUGUUGAUGGCUUGGUGGAGGUUCACUUGGUUGCUAACGAGAUCCGGUUGAUUGACAAGGGGGACUUCUUUUGCACAGAAUCAUCAACUCAUUAUGCUUGUGCAUUCUGGAUAUUCUGCUAUUCUUUUAGAGCCAUUUAACAUGGCUUGAUGACUCUUAAACUGUCUUAUACUGUGACUUGCCAUUC